AACCAAAAAAAAAAAAAAAAGGUCUCUGCAUGUGAACCCCACAUGGUUGAAAACUGCAAUCUAUGCCCAUUCACACUUUCUCCCCAAAACUUCUCACCUAACCAUCCAACUUAAUGCAAUGCAAUUUUAGCUUAUUUAACUCUCAGAGAGAAUGCAGUUUCUCUAGGCUAAAUCUUCAUCAACUUUAGUUUAGUAUGAAUGGGACUGUCUUUCAUUCCUCGGAGAAAGGGUUCAGUGCUGACUGACAGCUUUUUUGGAGCACAAAAAGGAUGUUUGCUUCCCCAGAAAUCAUGUAGCUGAGCCUGCUUCCUUGCUUGAAUCUAUAGAGAACACCUUAUUGCUCUUGUAUUUUGGUUCUUGCUCUGCAGAUACACUAGAAUCAUUUAGCUUGUAGCUGGGAAUUCUUGGCUUUCAAAAGCAUUAUGGAAAUUUCACAGAAGGUGGUGUCCUUAACGUUUCUUCUUGUUCUUCUACCAUCCCUUGUCUCAUCUCAGGAACAAGCCAAUCAGGUUGGAAAUUGUACAGGCAACGAUAACAAUCCAAAGUUGAGUCCUCAACUGACAUUUGAAGCCACGGUUCAUGGGUUCCUCCUCUGGGCUUCAAUGGGGUUUCUGAUGCCUGUUGGGAUACUUAUCAUCAGAAUGUCAAAGACAGAGGAAUGUAAAAGGAGGCUCAAAAUUCUUGUCUAUGUCCAUGCUGCAUUACAGAUCGUUUCAGUACUUCUUGUAACAGCAGGAGCAAUUAUGUCCAUAAAGAACUUCGAGAACGCCUUCAACAAUCAUCAUCAGAGAUUAGGAUUAGCCCUGUAUGGCAUCAUAUGGUUACCAGCCUUGAUCGGUUUUUUUCGUCCACAGAGGGGAACGAAUGGAAGAAGUGUAUGGUUUUUCACGCAUUGGAUCCUUGGAACUGCACUAUCUCUACUUGGAAUCAUAAACAUAUAUACGGGAUUAGAAGCCUAUCAUAGAAAGACAGGGAAAAGUGUCAGGGUUUGGACCAUACUUUUUACCAUCCAGAUCUCCUCCAUUGCCUCCUUCUAUCUGUUCCAAGAAAAAUGGGAAUACAUACAAAAGCAAGGAGUGAUACUGGGCAAUGAACCAACAGGACCCACCAAUCAACAGAUUUCUCCAAAAGACAAGAAAAAGGAAUUGGCGAUGGAGCCUUGUUAAUAAGAAGGUUGAGAAGCCGACUAAACUAACAACUUUUUUCUUCUAACAUCAAAUUCUUUUCACCCUUCUUGUCAUUUUUCUCUAUGGGAUUUUUCUAGCCUACAUAUGAAAGCUUGGUAGUGUAUAAGAGGCAUCCAGGAUUCUCCAUACAUGGAGUUGAAUAUUCUUAGUACCUUAAUGUGUUUCCAGACAUGUACUCACUUCUUGAAUGCACUUCUUCCUGUUUGGUUCCCAAGAAGGUGAAGGAAAAGAAAAUAAUGUAUAUAAGGAAAUCUUAGAACAAUAAUUUAGGACAAAUGUUUGCUAGUUCCUUAUCAUCUUUUCUUUUCCUUGGUCUUCUUGUAAACAAAUAGGGCAUCACAGCAGCAUAAUCAUAUGGUACAGUCUUGUCUUCUCCACUUAUCCUAAAUUUCUAUCUUGUUACAUGA